AUGGCUCAUAAGUCCAACCCCUAUAAGAAGGCCCGUGCGGCCAUGCGUUGGAAGUGGAAGAAGAAGCGUACUCGUCGUCUUCAGCGUAAGCGCCGGAAGAUGCGUCAGCGUUCCAAGUUGAUAAUAGCAUCAUUCGACUUGUCCAAGGCUGUCACCGCUACUUUUAACCACCCCGGUCUCAAAGAGUCUCUGUCGUCGUGGUGUUCUCAAUUAAGUGUCUCUCUUCUACGGAGCGCCUUCUAG